UGAUAACUAUAAUUGUUCGUAUAAAAGAAAAAUAGUUCAGUAGAGUUAAUUCAGUUGUAAGAAACCGUUGAAAAUGAAAUUCCUUGGGUUGUUUUUCGUGUUAAACUGCCUUUUGUUGCAGGAUGUUCUCUCCUUCCCACUGCAAGGAUUGCAGAACAACCUAGGCAACUUAGGGUUGAACCAAGGCUUUAACACGGGUUUGAAUCAAGGGUUAAGCCAAGGUCUGAACCAGCUAAACCAGUUGAAUUUCGGCAAUAAUCUCGGCUUGUUACCUGAAAUCAAUGGCUUAAACAACAUUAACACCCAGACGACCGUACUCUCAGGCACUGUUUCUCAAACUGUCGCUCCGACUUACAACCCAGGCUGGCAGUUGGCCGCUGCGCAAGCGCCCCUAGUGACAGAAAUUGUCCCUAGCCUCCAAUUUGGGGAGAUUUCCCUUGAUGGUGACUUACCUGUAGGCGGUUCUAUCAAGAUUAGCGGCACCUUCCCAGUUUAUGGAUAUGUGGGCGUUGAUGGUACUAUACCUUCGUACGGUACCGCCUAUGUCGAUACCGGCAACGGCUUGAUCGAUAUUUGUAAAUGUGGUUUAUAA